AUGAAGUUCGCCUUCGCUUUCGUCCUGAUCGCACUGUUCGCGAUGAUCUCGAUGUCCCAGGCCAUGCCUCAUCCCGAGGAGGCCGCGGCUGCCCCUUCCAACAACGAUGCCGCCGCCAAGGCAAAGGUCGAACUGACAUUGACUCCGGAAGAGCUCGCUGCGCUUGAGUCUAUGGGAGGCCGUGGAUUCAACUGGAAGAAAUGGUUGGGUAUUGGUAUUAAGGUCGUUUCUGCCAUUGUGGGAUAA